AUGACGGGGAAAGCCGGGGAAGCGCUGAGCAAGCCCAAACCCGAGACAGUGGCCAAGAGUACCUCGGGGGGCGCACCGGCCAGGUGCACCGGGUUUGGCAUCCAGGAGAUCCUGGGCUUGAACAAGGAGCCCCCCAGCUCCCACCCGCGGGCUGCCCUCGACGGCCUGGCCCCCGGUCACUUGCUGGCUGCGCGCUCGGUGCUCAGUCCCGCAGGAGUGGGCAGCAUGGGGCUGCUGGGGCCCGGGGGCCUCCCCGGCUUCUACACGCAGCCCACCUUCCUGGAAGUGCUGUCCGACCCGCAGAGCGUCCACUUGCAGCCGUUGAGCAGAGCGUCGGGGCCGCUGGACACCAGCCAGACGGCCAGCUCGGAUUCUGAAGAUGUUUCCUCCAGCGACCGAAAAAUGUCCAAAUCGGCUUUAAACCAGACCAAGAAACGGAAGAAGCGGCGACACAGGACAAUCUUCACCUCCUACCAGCUAGAAGAGCUGGAGAAGGCGUUCAACGAGGCCCACUACCCAGACGUCUAUGCCCGGGAGAUGCUGGCCAUGAAAACGGAGCUGCCAGAGGACAGGAUACAGGUCUGGUUCCAGAACCGCAGAGCCAAGUGGAGGAAGCGGGAGAAGUGCUGGGGCCGCAGCAGCGUCAUGGCCGAGUACGGGCUCUAUGGGGCCAUGGUGCGGCACUCUAUCCCCCUGCCCGAGUCCAUCCUCAAGUCCGCCAAGGAUGGCAUCAUGGACUCCUGUGCCCCGUGGCUGCUGGGGAUGCACAAAAAGUCGCUGGAGGCGGCAGCUGAGUCGGGGAGGAAGCCCGAGGUGGAGCGCCAGGCCCUGCCCAAGCUCGACAAGAUGGAGCAGGAGGAGCGGGGCCCUGACCCUCCGGCGGCCAUGUCCCAGGAGGAACUGAGGGAGAACAGCAUUGCGGCGCUCCGAGCCAGAGCUCAGGAGCACAGCACCAAAGUGCUGGGAACUGUGUCCGGGCCUGAGAGCCUGGCCCGGAAUGCCGAAGAGCCAGAGGAGGAGGAGGCCAUGGACGAAGACAGGCCCACGGAGAAGCUGAGUCCACCGCAGCUCGAGGACAUGGCCUAGGUCAAGGGCGCGCUGACACUGGAGCCCCAGGACUCUGCUCUUCUCAGGACCUGUGGUUCUGGGAGGUGCUCUCGGAGGCAGGGACCAGCCCGGCCUCUGCCGCCCUCGCCCUGCCCCAUAGGCCCUC